AAUCCACCAUUCACACAUACACACACUCAACUUCAUCUUAAUUUCUAAAAAACAAAAUUAAAAAAAAAUGGAUCGAAAUGAAGAAGAUAUGAAAAACAUUGGAUUUUUCGGCAUCUUUAAACAAUCUUUUAAAACAAUCUUUAAAUAUACUAAAUUAUUUACACAAAUUACCCUCACUUUUAUCCUUCCUCUGUCAAUCAUUUUCUUAGCUCACACCACAAUAUCAAACCGUUUUUUUUCAAGGAUCGAAAAUAGUUAUCUCGAUAAUUAUGAUUAUAAUCGUCGUAACGUAACUGUUUCCGACUGGCUAUAUUUUUGGCUAUUUAAAGUAAUUUAUUUUACAUUUUUAACCGUUUUCUCUCUCCUUGCAACCGCCGCGGUUGUAUUUACAAUCGCGUCGGUUUAUGCUGACCGUGAUGUCGUAUUUCGACAUGUUUUUAAAGUUGUUCCUAGGAUAUGGAAACGGUUGGUUGUUACGUUUGUGGUUAUAUACCUUGCUAUGUUUUUAUAUAACGUUAUUUAUGGUGUAAUUGUGUUUUUAACUAGAGCUGUAUUUGGUUAUUCGACUUUGGGUGCGGUUAUCUUCCUUAUUCUGUUCGUUGUGUAUGUUUAUGGGUUUUUGUAUUUGAGUGUUGUUUGGCAAUUAGCUAGUGUUGUUUCUGUUUUGGAAAAUAAUCAAGGAAUUAAAGCCAUGAGAAAAGGUAAGGAAUUGUUGUAUGGCAAAAAGAAAUCCGGAAUGGGGAUUGCAUUUGUGCUAUACGGGAUUUUGGUUGGUAUACUCUUGGUCUACGAGUUGUAUGUGCAAUUUGGUGAUCACCUUGUGGGAUUGGCGAUGAUUUGGCGAGUGAUAAUCGGAAUAUCGUGUUGCCUAGUGCUUAUGAUGGUGUUUUUGUUGUUUAUGGUGACACAAACGGUUUUGUACCUUGUGUGCAAAUCAUAUCAUCGGGAAGCGAUUGAUAAGCUAAGUUUGUCGACGUUUCUAGGCGCUUAUACGGAGGAGACGGUGGUGUAUCCUAAACCUGAGGAGAUUCAGCUAGGAAGAGCUCAACCACAACAGGUAGCUCAAGAGGUUUGAUUCAUAUGAUUGAGUUGUAUAUGGUUGCAAAAUGUUAUUGUACCUUAAGGUGUAACAAGUGUGGCAAUAGAAGAGUUACAAUUAAGUUGUUAAUCCAAAAAGUCUACAUAAUGUGGACUUUCUUUUACUUAAUGAUUUGUCUAAAAACUAAAAUAACUUGAUAUUAUUGUACCUUGUGGAGUAAAUAUGUACUUGAUUAGGUUUGGAUUUUA